CACAUUCCGUCAUCUGCAAAAUGGCAACAACAAGGUGCUUCGGAGGUCUCUAUCGGUGUUUAACGAAAGUUCCGCGAUCCACGCGAUCUAUCAGAUGCAUACAUUCGGCUGCUGUUUUGAGGACUUCGGAAAAUGAUAGACCUAAUUUUCCAGGGUCUCGAUCAAAAUUUAUUCACAAGUGUGAGUUCAUUGUCCCAGAAAAUGCUGAAGGCAUCCCUGUCUACAGAGUGUUGAGAAAUGGAGAUAUUAUUUCUGAAUCAGAAGAUCCAAAACUGGAUAAAGACACAGUUGUGAAGAUGUACAAAGAUAUGACGUUGUUAAACACAAUGGAUCACAUCCUGUACGAAUCUCAAAGACAAGGAAGAAUAUCUUUUUAUAUGACCAAUUACGGAGAAGAAGGUACUCACAUGGGAUCGGCAGCAGCUCUUGACCCCAAAGACUUAGUGUAUGGACAGUAUAGAGAAGCAGGUGUACUGGUGUGGAGGGGAUUCACCUUGGACCAAUUCAUGGAUCAGUGCUACGGCAACAUGUAUGAUAUGGGCAAAGGUCGCCAGAUGCCAGUGCAUUAUGGGUCAAGUGACCACCAUUUUGUUACAAUUUCAUCUCCAUUAGCAACUCAAAUGCCACAAGCAUCAGGAGCUGCCUAUGCCUUCAAGCGGGCCAAGAAUGGGUUGUGUGUGAUCUGUUACUUUGGGGAGGGAGCUGCAUCUGAGGGCGAUGCCCAUGCAGCGCUCAACUUUGCAGCGACAUUGGAUUGUCCCGUCAUCUUCUUCUGUCGUAACAAUGGGUAUGCCAUCUCUACUCCUGUUGAGGAUCAAUACCGAGGAGACGGUAUAGCAUCUCGGGGAGCUGGUUAUGGUAUGAUGACAAUCAGAGUGGAUGGAAAUGAUGUCUUUGCUGUGUACAAUGCCACGAAAGCUGCACGGGAAAUCUGUGUGAAUGAGAAUAAACCUGUCCUCAUAGAAGCCAUGACAUAUCGGGUUGGUCACCACAGUACUUCGGAUGACAGCUCAAUGUACCGGCAGCUGAACGAGGUCCAGUCGUGGGAUGUACAAAGCCCAAUCCUCCGUCUCCGACAGUAUCUUGACAAACAGGGCUGGUGGGAUGAUAAUCAGGAAAUCCAGUGGAAAGAACAGUCGAAAAAAGAUAUCAUGGAAGCAUUUGCCAAAGCAGAGAAAAGAAAAAGACCAAAUCCAGAAUUCUUGUUCACCGAUGUUUACGACGAUGUUCCCCCUCACUUACAAAAACAAAUGGAUGAAAUGAAACAGCAUGUCGCUAAAUACCCACAACACUAUCCUGUUGAUGCUCACAACAAGAUGAGUUCAUGAUCAUGGGAACGUGUGAAAAGUGUUUUGUGCCAACUUUAGGACUCACCUGUGCAUUCCAUUCACAUAUUGUAUAGCUAGGAAGCAGGCCCCCCCAGCAACACUUCGCACUGUGGCAGGAUGGCUUUGGAGUAGAGAGCUUGUGAUUUGAAUAUUUUUCAUUUAGACUAAUAGCAGGCAACAUAAAUCUGUAGACUGGAGACAUAUAACCAAGUGGGAAAACCAGUGUAUCAACGUUCUGUUUUAGUCUACUUUUGGUUAACAUUACAGAUCUCUUUGUGAACACAUAUCCUAGAAAGUUUCAUAUACCUGGUAAUAAUAUGCCCUGUUAACUCUGGCUCCUUUGUUGAGUAUAAGAAAUAUAGUUGUGAUAUUAAUAGAAAUAAUAUGUAUAUUUAUCAUGGAGAUUGAUAUAGACCUGGUAGAUGAAAUCAAUUAUUUCAACCAGGAAUCUUCAGAGCAUUUUGGGAUUUCCAAAAAGAAAUCUAUUUAUUUGUAUUGUGAGGGUUUGGUUUGCUUGACCAUAUAUGUAUUUUUCUCCUAUUUUACAUUGUUACUUAGACUGUUGUAUAAUUAGACAGAUUUAUUUUUUUACAUAUAAGGUACCUUAAGGUCAUAUGCUACUUAACACUUGACGUGAUGUUUUGUGUUUGUUAUCUUCCUUAGAAACUCUUCAUUAUCAUAAUCCGCACUUGUGUUAUAGAAGACAACCUUAUUAAAUGUUAAAGGUAUUUUUAGUGUGGAACUCUUUUGUAAAGAAAAUGCAAUUGUAACAUUAACAAAAGAUAGCAUAUGUCCUUAAGUUUAUUUAAGAAAUUAAGCAUAUCAUUUUAUAAAUGUGUAAGAGAUUUUAGUGCUUGAAAUCUUGAUUCAAAACAAUUUCAGUCGUCUUAAACAUGUAGGUUGUAAUUUGGUGAUUUAACUUGUCCAUGAAUCAGAUACCCUAAGAAAUGAAACAUAUUGUUUGAUUUAGAUGGCAUGUCAGAAAACACAGUUUUUAUAACAAACAGGAUUGCAUUUUGUAUAUUGGAUAUGACAGAAUGUCAGAAUACUCAGGGUCAGAUAAGACAGUUUGCUCUUUCCAAACUGUUUUACUCCAAAGUCAGUGAAUCCAGAACAUCUUACAACACUCUAACAGGUAUCUUGUUUAUCUAUGUGGUCCCUAUUGUUUGCCCUAUUACAACAUCCAAAUAUUCUUUCCUUGGGCCUAACAACAAAUCAGAAUGUUAAGUGGGUGUUGUUGUGCUUGUAAUCAGAUGUCAUUUCUAUGUAUAGUAGUCCCCCAUUAUACUCGCAACUUGUGUCCCGUGCCAAUUUGGCUGUAUAAAUUAAGGGAGUGGUGAUAAACAAGGUUUCAGCACAACAGCCGAAUGUAUGACACAUGUGCAGUAAAGUGUACACAAAUAUCUGAAACAAACACUGCAUAUACAUACACAUAAAAUUAUUUUGAAAUGAAUGAAAACAGAUUAUUUUAAUCAAUUGUAGCUUUUUAAGAGUUUUUAGUUAAAAAAUUACAACUAUAAUUUACAUUUGUAUAAUUCACUGAUUUGUAACACAGUAAUUAUUAUAACGGAUUCGGAGCACAGACACAUAUUUUUGUUACAGGAUUUGAUAAUAUUUUGUACAUAUUGAAAAAAAUGAAUGAUUUAACUUUAUAUUCUGUAUCUUUAGUAAAACAAUAUGGCUAUGAAGAAAAUGAAUGUGUUUCUCAGGCCAAAAGUGUAUUACCAUAUUCAUAUAAUAUUACAAGUGUAUUUGGUGUUAUAGUUGUAGAUUUAGCUAAAUAAUUGAAAUCUAUAUAUGAGCCAUGUUUUGAAGAAUGGAAGAUUUUAGUGUGGAGAUAUACAAUAUACACUGUACCUGUAAUUGAACAGGUAGAAAUGUUAAUUACUAAAAUAAUGGGGCAGUGAAACCUGCUAUUAAUAGUUUAGGUUGUCAACAUGGAUGUUAGGGUCAUCCUCGAUAAAUAUGUCAAAUAGUGUGUGAUUUUCUUCAGUUGUCAACCUGAAUGUCAUGAUCUGAAAAGAGUUAUUUAAUCUAUAACACUAUACUAGUACACAUUUGAUAUAGUGCCCUAUUUAGCUAGGAUACCACUCUGAGGUCCUUAAAAUACAUAUACAAUCAAUACAGUAAUCAGUACAUUUAGAAGAGGUACCAUAUUAGGCGCCAACUCCUUGUUCCCCUCUAUGUGUGUGUGCUCACAUUUAGACAGGAGGCAUGUUUGUGUUUCAGGCGAAACCAUACUCCCAACGAUAUCUUUCUUCCAUAGCAUCGUGUCUUCCAUGUUUUAUAUUACAGACACCGUAGCACACACCCCAGUUUAUUUUAUACUGCACCUGAGUUAUUGGAAAAUGUAAUGCUAUGAAGGGUUUGGGGAUAAAACAUGAAGGGUUUGGGGAUAAAACCCUUGCUUUCGGUGUGGGAGGCUGGAUGAAGUGUAAUGCUAUGAAGGGUUUGGGGAUACGUCAUGUAAACCUGUUCCAUUAUAUAUGUAGAAGAUCUUCCUCUGAAAAUGUACUGCUAUGAAGGGUUUGGGGAUAAAACAUGAAGGGUUUGGGGAUAAAACCCUUGCUUUCGGUGUGGGAGGCUAGAUGAAGUGUUAUGCUAUGAAGGGUUUGGGGAUACGUCAUGUAUACCUGUUCCAUUACAUAUGAAGAAGAUCUUCCUCUGAAAAUGUAAUGCUGUGAAGGGUUUGGG